AUGGCGGCCGCCGAGAUCACCGAGGCCGCUGCGGCGCGCGCCUCAGAGGCUGGCGCGGGGUCGGACGCGGUUCAGGAUGAGCUGCAGCAGCUUCGCGAACAACACAAAAAGGCGGUGCAUUACACUGCCAAUGAUUGGAUCGAGUACGAGCAGAUCGAAGCCCCCAUUUACAAGGCGAAAAUGCACAAGCUUGAGGAGGACAUGGAGUGUGAAUGCCAACCAAAUGCGGCCGAUGAGGACAGCUAUUGCGGCUCCAAUUGUCUCAAUCGUCUUCUCAUGGUUGAGUGCAACGUUGCGCGUUGUCCAUGUGGCAACAAGUGCCGAAACCGUCGUCUGCAGAAACAGCAACAUGCCAGGGUAGAAAUUUUCAAGACGGAAAAGAAGGGUUGGGGUUUGCGCGCCCUUGAGCCCAUUCGAAAAGGAGAUUUCAUCUACGAGUACUGCGGUGAAGUUUUUGAUCAAGCUGUCUUUCGCGAGCGCCAACUUGAAUACGCACAGGAGGGACGCUUUCAUUACUACUUUAUGUCCCUCAGUGCAGACACGGUGAUUGAUGCGACCCGCAAGGGCGCCGUGUCGCGCUUCAUCAACCACAGUUGUGACCCCAAUGCCGAAACGCAAAAGUGGACCGUCGGUGGGGUUCUGCGAAUUGGCUUCUUUUGCAUCCGGGAUAUUGCCGUCAAUGAGGAAAUCACGUUUGACUACCAAUAUGAGCGCUAUGGGCGUCGGGAUUCUGGUGCGACUGAGGCUUCAUCGGCCAAGGGCCGCGAUCGUGAGCUCAACAAGCUGCGCGAUCGCCUGCGACCUCUCCUGGCCCCAGACGGCGGGCUACGAAAUUCGUUUGAGAGCACGCUGAGCUUCAUGCGCGAGAUGAUCCACUGGCGUUCUGAUGAAGUCAAGGGUCGCGACAUCUUUUUGGACAUCUUGACGGACACGACGGACGAUGAUGUCUUGGUGGGCCUCAUGACCAAGAAAAUUCUUGUUGUUCUUCACUCUUGGCUGAGUGACAUGUUUGAUGAGCAUGUGAAUUUGCAACGCAAAACACUGAAGAUUCUCCUGCGACUUCCCAUCAAGACAAAGGUGGCCAUCCGCAAGGUGGAGCCCACUCUUCAGUGCUUAACCAACUCAGUCGACGAGGUGAGCCAAGAUUUGGCCAAAGAGCUUUUGCGCGCUGAGCGCUCAGAGGUGUAUAUUAUGAAUGGCCAAAGCGCCGAGCAGAAGAACUUGCGCGAAGUCGUGGCAGUUCCAACCCGCCACAUGACAACCUUUCAUUCGGCCAUCGUUCGUGAUAUUGCCUAUCAGCAUCACGUCAAGGUGGAACAAUUGCCCAGCACAACCGUCAACGGGCAGGACCUAAUCAUCACGGGCGACGACGCCAUGUCUGUGAGCAGUGCAGCUCAACAGCUUCGUGGCCUCCUCGAGCAAGCAGUGCGCAAUUUGGAGGAGCUUGAGAGCCAACGUCGCGCACGAGCCGAAAUACGCAAUAGUCCCCAGGCGCGCGAAGCACAGUCGCGCCUACCCGGGACACCGGGCGCAUCCAGCUUGUCGAUGGUGGCUGCGGCUUCGGAACCACCAAAGCCAUCCAACUUGCCCGUCAAGUUUGUUGACAAGCAUCUUCCUGAGUUCUCCAGCAUGAGCCUGCAUCCUGAUUGGGAUUCGGUGUACAGCGAGCAGCACAACGAGUCCUACUAUUUCAAUCGUUUUACAAACGAAACCAACUGGCUUCGCCCCGUGGUCCAACCCCUGGCUGAUCGCAUCCAGCGACGCGAUAACAAGCGCAAACUUCCGGGAGCGGCAGCCUUGGGAAUGGAUGUGGAUGCCAAGCCCACUCUGUCUCAGGUUCUUGCAGAAGGGCAACAAUCGAAACCCAAGCGCGUGGCGACGGAGGAAAGCAAGCGCAAAGCACGGCUCAACAAGUUCAAGAGUGAGGUGUCUGAGCGCGUCAUCAAGCAGUUAAACGCGUAUCGGGAAAAGAAGGUCAAAUACGGUUACAUUCGCACCAGUGAGGACUUCAAGUAUCUUGCACGCAAGUUGACGCACAAAAUUGUGGAGAAGGAGCUGCAGCGUCGGGGGCAGGAUGUGAACGAGUUGGUCAUGACAGACGGCUUGAAGGGCAAGGCAAGCACGCGCAUGCAUAUCAAGAACUUUAUCACCGACACAAUGAAGAAGUGCGGCAAGGUGUUUCGACAGCCGGCUGCCCCGAUAUGA